AUAAUAAGUUCAGGUUUAUUACGCACUCUUAAAGGAAUACUCACAAGUUAAUUUGUCAAGCAACGUGUCAAAUCAUCAUAUAAAUUUCUAGUUCAAUUAAUGGAAUCAUAGCAAUAGUGAUACUAUGUAACUCUACUACAUGCAGCUUGAUCUUACGUAAUUGAAGAAAAUAAUCUCAUGAAACUCAAAUCUGUUUAAGAUAUUUAUAAUUUAAAUUGGGAAUUGGAGGAUUUAUUUUCACAGUAAAUAUAAACAAUGCGAAUAAUGAUUAUUAGGAUUAACAAACGAUUUGCGCACCAAUUUCAUCACUUAUAUAGCACUGAUGCAAAUUCAACGACUAAGACAAAGGGGAUUGCGGACGCUAAUGGGCGGUUAUAACAAGGCGGAUUAAAUGUGAUCCAAAAGGGCUUGUGUAAAUCCAUUAUUGUCUCACUCGUACAAAUGUUACGCCAUUAUUGUCAUAAAUUAUACAACUUGGAUAGACAUUUGUCAUGGAUUACCGUACACUCAUUUUCACACUAUUGAUGAGCAUAUUCAUAUCUGGAAUUUCUUCAAAAAUAGUCCGAAUAGGUUGCUUAGUUUCCAGUAAUUAUGUCCAGACAGAGGAAGUGUAUGCUUUGCAGAACGCCGUAGAGUAUGUUAAUUCUAGACAACUAUUGGGACCUGGUAAUACCUUGGAAUACUUAUGCAAUUCUACAAAGGCACAAACAUUCUUCGAGAUGUUACAGUUGGGCUGCUACCAAAGUGAGGUUGGGGUGAUGGCCUUUGUUGUUUUGGCAGGGUCAGGCGCUCAAAAGAUCUUUGCACCACUAUCAGAAGCAUUAAAGAUACCUCAGAUAACGCCAACUGCAACAAACCCUAUGUUAGCUUCCAAGAGGACAUUUCCAUACAUAUUGCGGUUAUCAGCGCCAGAUUCCGUUCAGGGUGAAGCACUGGUAAACUUGGUGGAGCAUUUCGGCUGGGACCAACUUGCCAUCCUCACAUCAAACACUGACUAUGGCAUCAAUGGCCUGCUACAGUUCCAUUCUGAGGCCGCCAAGAGAGGUUGGAAGGUCGUCAGUGUACAACAGUUCGUGGUCACCAAUGAUGCCACACUUAAUGCAACACGUGAACUCACUGUCAUCAAAGAAACAGGUGUGCGAAUCAUCCUCCUGAACUGCGAGUUGCCCCACGCCAAAGUUGUUCUCCAACAGGCCAAGGAGGCAAACAUGACGGGAGCUGGGUGGGCAUGGAUUGCCACAGACGGGAUCACUGGAUCUUCUGAAUUGGCUACAGCACCUGUGCCAGAUCAUUAUAGAGGGAUACUUGGGACAACGCCUACCGUAGGGCGUGGCGCCCUCUACCAGGACUUCCUAUCGUUUUGCCGGAAUCUUGACCCUGUAAAUUAUCCAGGGGCAGGACCUGGGACUAGGUUAAGUGCAUAUGGUGGCUUAACAGUAGAUACGAUAUUAGCAUUUAGCUACGCCGUCCGAAACAUGUACAACGAUCCCGGCAACGAAGGGGUGACGCAAACCGCCAUUGAGUGUGGGGCCAACCAUGUUUGGGAAAAUGGCAGCACUAUGCUUCAUUAUAUGUCAACCGUCGAUGGUGAUGGUGUUAAUAACAGAAUUAACUUUAACCAGAUGGACGGGCCAGAGGUGUCCGAGUUUGAUAUUGUUAACCUGAAUGGCGAUGGUUGGCUACCGGUUGGCCAUUGGGAUAACAUACGCAAACUGAAAUUUACUAACAGGUCUAAAAUCCAUUUCCAUGGAAACCAGCAAAUUGUUACUGAUUAUGUGAGUAACCUGGCAACUAAACACCUGAUUGUUGUUACAAAAGUGGAAGAACCAUUUGUAAUGUUCACAAAACCAGAGCCAGAGGACCUUAAUGAUAUAAAGGACCAUGAGAUUGAAGGAUUUUGUAUAGAUAUCUUGAAGAACCUCUCAUCAAGAAUAGGCUUCACUUAUACCCUUAAAAGAUCGGAUGACAAUGAAUGGGGGAUCAAAAACAACAUAACUAGAAAAUGGAACGGUAUGGCAAGGGAACUUGUGGAUAGGAACGUGGAUAUGAUUGCCUCCUCUUACACCAUCAAUAAAAUGAGAGAGCUAGACUUUGAUUUCACUACGCCCUAUGUAGACCUUGGGAUGAAAUUGCUGAUGAAGGCAGACAUUUCGGAGGCACCUGAACCAUUUAGGUUUUUGAACCCAUUUAGCAAAGACGUAUACUACUACAUUAUCCUGACCACAGUACUUGUCAGCAUAUAUACGUCAAUCCUCAACAAACUUAGCCCGUAUGAUUACCAUGGUGGAUUUGUUUAUAAUAAGAAACCCAAUCCAAGAUCUGUGAAGGGAGAAAGGGAGUUCAACAAACACAAAUACAAUUCCUCUCGCACUCUGAGCUUUAUGAAUUCCUGCUGGCUAUCGAUAGGUUCAUUGUUACAUCAAGGGGGUGCAGAAUAUCCACGUUCUCUAGCUGCACGUAUAACAACUGUAAUGUGGUGGAUGGGGAUAGUGAUCAUAAUCCAGACAUACACGGCCAACUUGGCAGCGUUCUUUACGACAGGUCGACUCAACACUGACAUCAACUCUGUUGAAGACCUUGGUGGACAAAAUAAAGUUAUAUAUGGGACUAUACAAGGGGCGUCCCCGCACCAAUACUUUAUGGACAGUAACAUCACGUUGUACAGAUUGAUGCAGGAAUUCAUGGAAACAAGUGGAGGCCUCAUGCAAGAUACGAAAGAUGCUGUGGAGAGGGCGCGGAAGGGUAACUAUGUAUUCAUCUGGGACGAUAUUGUUUUGAACAGUUUUGUUCAGAGCAAGCCAUGCAACACACUCAAAACAGUUGGGCGAUUGUUUGGUAAGAUUGGCUAUGGGUUUGCCUUACAGAAGAACUCACCCUACAAACACGAACUAUCGACGCAUAUAUUACAAUUACGGGAAAUUGGUUUUAUGGAUGAGUUAAAGAAAAAGUGGUUUGAAGACCGUACUGAGUGUUUUGGAGAGAGCACUGGAGAAUCUGAAGCAGAUGCUGCAUUGGCGGCGGCUGGAGGGAGAAUGGGAAUUAAUCACAUGUUGGGAGUUUUCCUCAUCAUAUAUACAGGGCUAGCCCUCAGCUUUGCUGUGCUUAUAAUAGAGUGGAUUAUUGCGUCUAUUGCAAUAGUAGGCAAAUAUGAAGGUACUGCUACAUUCAAAGAUGCUGUAAUGCUAAGAUUCAAAGUCCUUUACCAAGACAUGAAGGAAGACUGGUGUCCAAAUAUCCCGUACUUUUUUAGUAGAACUUUGAGACAUACUGUCUCACAGCAAGACCGACUAAAUGAGCUUAAUAAGGAAUACAGACAAAUUCAAUUCAAAUCCCGACUAAGCGUAAGGUCUAGUUUUGAUAAAGCAAUGCUGUCGAUGACUAGAACCAAAUCUCCCACGUGGAAUGCACACUCGAUGGUUAUAACCUCCAUGAGUGCUCCUCCUGUAACAGACACCACACGAUCAGUAUUCUUCCAGCCAGAUCUCGCACUUUCCCCUAUGGAAAGUCUCAAAACUGAAAAACAACGAGACUUCAUAUUGGAUUCCAAAUAUGACAAUACAGAAACGUUUUGGUCAAAUGGAUGUAAACAAACGGAUAUGACUGUCCAUAAGAGUCUACCUGAUUUGUCAAGGGAGCCGCUUAGAUCACCUCCGAGCCUAGAUAGACUUAAAUGCGAAAGCACGUCAUUUCACACAAACACUUCCGGAACGCUAUUGUCCAGUGCUAAUCAUGACAAGAAGCAAUCCAGUGCAGUUUGGAGAUAUCUUACAUUCAUUAGAAAUAUUAACAAGAUUGAACCUCUUCAUGAAUAAAUGUUCCACAACACCGAUUCCAACCGCAGAAAAAGUGUUGAAUCUAUAUGUUAACCAUAAUUAUAGGAAAUAAAAUAAUACACUAUUGUAAAAA